CACAAUAUUCGAACAAAUCGUAGAAUUAAUUCACUGUUCUCCAUCUAACUCCUUGCAGUUACCCAGCAUGUGCACAACUGUGGCCCGCAGACGUUCCUGAUCAGCCGCAAGGGCGGCACCUUGCUGACCAUCAACAAUUUCGUUUAUCGCUCCAAUCUCAAGUUCUACGGCAAGAGCAACGAUAUCUUGUACUGGGAAUGUGUCCAGAAUCGUUCGAUGAAGUGUCGCAGCCGCCUGAAGACCAUCGGCGAUGAUCUCUACGUAACAAACGAUGUGCACAACCAUAUGGGCGACACGAAGCGCAUUGAGGCAGCCAAAGCCUCGGGCAUGCUCAUACACAAGAAGCUGAGCUCUCUGACCGCCGCGGAUCGCAUACAUGGCUGGAAUCGCGCCGACAGCGGCAUCGAUCAAAUGGUUAAGUCCGAAACUGCGUAGAAAGGUCUUUGAGAAACCAGAAAUCGAAUAGUACCAAAAUGGAGUACAAUUUUGAAAUGAGCCUGAGACCCAGUAGGUUAUCUAAGUUCUUAAGUAGGCUUAACCAAAAAAGUCAAUUCUUAUUGAAAAUAUUUAAAGUAUCGUUGAAAGAUCUGAGCAGCUAACUUAGUUAAAUGAAUGCUUGUAGAAACGGCCUUAGAGCCCGCAAAACGUUAACUACUGUAGUUAUUAUCAUUAUAAACAUUUAUGUAUAAAUUGAAAAAGACAUAUUUUAAGUGUAGACAAAAGUGUAUCGAUAUAAAGAUCGAUAUAAAAAGUA